AUGUUGCCAUCGAGCGAUGCGCCCAAAAUAUCCAUGAAAGGUUUCUCCUUGGGCGCAGGAUCUAAAAAUGGCUCGGUGAAAACAAAUGGUAAGCCGCAGCCUCCUAAAUCGGGUUUGGGAAAGCGGCCUAGAAGCACCUUUGCGCACGAUGACGAAGAUUCAGAUAAUUCAGACAAUGGCACAAGCGCGAGGAGGAUAAGGCAUGAGGCCGUUACUGGGUUUGCGGAUGGAGGCGUUAUUAGAGAAGGAGAUGAGAAGAGAGUGGCUGCGCCACUGGUUAUUCCGAAACAAGAGAAUAGGGAUUGGAAGGGAGAAGCUAGAGAGAGGAAAGGAAGAGGGAGAAAUUUGUUGCCAGAGGAGGAGCAGAGGAGGAGGGCUGGAGAAGAAAAAGAAGAAAAGGCAGACGUUGUGAAUGGGAACGAUGGGGAGAUAAAAUGGGGAUUGACUGUGAAGACUCAAGUCAAGGAGGACUUGGUCGAUAGCGAACGAACUAUUGAACAGACUAUACAAGUUGAGGAAGUGGAAGAUAAGCCAAAGAUAAAAACGGAAGAUGAGCUGGCAAUCGAGGCAUUGAUGGGGGUGGAGUCGAAACGAAAUGGGCCAGACUUGAUCAUUGCUUCUGUUAAUGAAAAUGGAAAUGAUCUGGUCACAGAAGAAGAUGCCUACAAGAGAGCUAUUGCAUCAGCACCGGAUAUUUCGACAUUAGAAGAUUAUAAUGCGGUACCGGUGGAAGAAUUCGGUGCCGCGCUAUUAAGAGGAAUGGGAUGGGAUGGCAAAGAAAGAAAAGGCGGUGGAAAGGAGGUCAAGAGGAGGCAGAAUCUAUUAGGCUUAGGAGCCAAGGAGCUGAAAGACGCAGAGGAAUUAGGGGCCUGGGUUCAGAAGGCCGAUGCUAAAAGGUUACGACCUGGGGGGUCGUCUCAUUCACAUAGAAGUGAUAGGGAUAAGAAGAAAAUGGGUGAUUACGCUAGGGAGAGAGAUGAGAGAAGUUAUCGUAGAGAUAGAGAUGAGGGUCGUGACCGGGAAAGGGAAAGAGAAAGAGAUCGCCAUCAUGAUCGCGACAGGUCGUAUAGGAGGGACAGAGAUGAUCACAGAGAGCGCAGGAGUCGAUGA